AUGCGGGUGCCGCUCUUGUUUGCGACAUUGCUCUCGUCCGUGGCAUCUCAGAGUUUUGAGCCUGCCGACUUCAGCGUCACCGAGGCUCUUCUUGAUCAAGGUGUCGAUGUCUCCGCACUGCCAGAGUUAGCCGGCCUUGUAGGUCGGUCAUCCAACCUGGCCUGCAACAUUGCCUGUUCUUCUCUGGAAGUCGUCUACGGAAACAAAUCUGUCGAGUUCCAGGAUGAGGCCGGCUACUCCGCGUUCACAUCCAGCUUCUGGUCUGGAAUCUCGGCCGAGGUCAGGCCGUACUGUAUCUUCAAGCCCUCGAGCCCUGCCGCUGUUUCGGUAGUGGUACUUCUGUCUCGGCUGUCAAAAUGUCCGUUUGCCGUCAAGUCAGGUGGUCACAGUGCGUUUGCCGGCGCAGCCACUAUCGAGGGCGGUAUCACUGUAUCCUUCGAGAACAUGAAGGGCAUCGAGCUUUCAGACGAUAAGAAGACCGUCGCAGUUCAACCAGGGAAUGUAUGGGGUAAUGUGCUUACCGCUUUGUCGACCACCGGCGUCACAGUCGUAUCUGGAAGAAUUGGUGAUAUCGGGGUUGGUGGACUCACCCUCGGUGGCGGCAUAUCGUUCCUUACGAACGAGUAUGGUCUAGCGUGCGACAACGUCGCGAGCUUCGAUGUUAUCACCGCAAGCGGCGUCAUGGUUACAGCAAGCCCAACGACCUUCUCAGACCUCUACUGGGCUCUUCGCGGUGGCGGAAACAACUUUGGCAUCGUAACCAACUUCAACCUGACGACAAAACCCCUCGAAAAUGACCAGAUCUGGGGAGGAACCCGCACUUUCACAGAAGACAAAUUCCCGGAUGUAAUCAAGGCGUGGAUGGACCUCACGUUCAACUCGGCCCAAGACCCCAAGGCCGGUAGCUGGGUUGCGUGGUUGGACAAGGGCGCAAAGCUUGCUUCAACCGAGCUCUGGUACGGUGCACCGGCUGGCAAUGAGUCUGCUAUCCUCGCGCCUUUCUACAAUAUCACAGCGGUAGCUGACAGCACGAAAACGCGAGGCCAUGCUUCUUACGUGAUUGACAACGAAGCUACUAACAAAUAUGGGCUUCGUGAGGUCUAUUACGUUAUCUCAGCCAAGGCCUCCUACGAGAUCGCCCAACGCUCUGUGGACAUCUUCUACGAAUCUAUCGGUGCGCUCUCCGCUGUCGAAGGCGCGUAUCCUGUCCUCAUCUGGCAGCACAUCACCGACGGUUCACUCAAAGGCAGUACCCGCAACGGUGGCAGCGCGAUGGGUUUCGACGCCAAUGGCAGCCCUAUCCACAUCAUCCAGCUAGCCUGUAGCUGGAACAACGCAGCGGAUGACGACACCGUAUACCAGGUCAUGUCAGACAUCAUGGAGGCGAUCAAGAGCGAUGCGGUAGAGUUGGGUGUGCAAAACGACUGGGUGUAUAUGAACUACGCAGCGAUGUUCCAGGACGUUAUCGCGAGUUAUGGAUCGGACAGCAAGAGUAUGAUGAAGACUAUUGCGAGCAAGUAUGAUCCAAAGGAGGUGUUUCAAAAGCUGCAGCCUGGGUACUUCAAGUUAGAUUGCGCGCCCGUGCCUGAUGCGCGGUACUUUUCGUACUAA